UGCAGCCAAUGUUGACACCAUGGACCUCACUGAGAAUUCCAAUAUUAUGGCCUCACGCUUGAAGGAGCGCCUAACUAAUCUCGAAGCCAACAUGAGUCUUCUGGCUAUCACUACUACAUGUGUUUUGACAAUCGUGACCGGCUAUUGCGUCUUGCGAAGACGAGCAUUAAUCACUAAUUCCAAACGCCCCGAGAAACAGAUACGGUCAAGAGACACCAGCACAUAUCGUGUUAGCGGAGUGCCUCUGGAUUGGGAUCGUGAGAAAUUGCGAACCUUUUUAAAGCGCAGAGAGCUCGCAGAAGUGAUUACUAUAGAUUCGAUUGCCCGCGAAGCCAACAUUGAAUCGCAAACCGCCACGGUUACACUGACAAACUCUUAUAUGCAACAGUGGCCCGGCAAAAGUCGCCAAUUCACGUUAUCUGAGGAGCAUUACAAUGACUUCCUGAACCUCAAUCGAUCCGUAUCGGUUGAGAAGGAUUUUAUAGGCCUAACAACUCUUUAUGAACCGCCUGCGAGAGAUCACAAGAUUGAUGUUAUCGCUUUAUCUGGCCUCGGGGGCCACGCAUUUGGGUCAUUCAAAGAGAGGGGAGAAACUCACAUGUGGCUACGAGACUCACUUCCGGGAUAUCUCACCUCAGAGACCGAUAAUAAGCCAAUGGCGAGGGUUAUGAUAUACGGUUACGAAUCUGCUGUUGCUCAAAGCAAAAAUAUACAAAAUCUAGAGGACUUAGCCACCACAUUUCAUAGCAGUUUGCUUGCACUCGCAGCCGGUCCAACGACCAGGCCAGUCAUCCUUAUUGGCCACAGCCUUGGAGGACUCAUUAUUAAGCAGACUUUAAUAUCGCUAUCAAGGUCGACCAUUCCAGACGAUCAGAAACUCAUACGUGCCGUAUACGGAGUCAUCUUCUUCGGAACUCCACACGACGGGAUGGACAUUAGCUCUCUCAUACCCAUGGUUGGGGACGGUCCGAACCGAUUCUUGGUUGAGUCUAUCAGCCGCAUCAACUCGCAGAUCAUUAGUAUACAGCAACGGGAUUUUCACCAUGCCCUAGGCAAAAAGGGUGAUUCGGAAGUGUUUUGCUUUUACGAAACAUUGGAGUCGCCGACAGCACAACGGGACAAACGUGACGAAUGGAAAAUGAUUGGACCUACAGCUGUUCUUGUUACCAAAUCUUCGGCAACGCACUGUCGCCCAUGGGAAGAUGGCUCAGAGCACAUCUGCGCCAUUGCCCGUACACAUUCUGACAUGGUCAAAUUUGGGCCACACGACCCGGACUACAGGAAUGUAUGGAUGAGAAUCGGAGGGCUCUCAAGGCGGGCUAUCAGAGCUCGAGAUCGUUUACAGACGACAACGUCAAAGUUUCUGGUUCCAUAUAAACAAAACCCAGAUUUUGUUGGAAGAUCAGAUAUUCUCGAUAAAAUCAAGUUACAAUUCGGUUUAGGCCAAAAACCGGAGCAUGAUCUUUCCCAACCACGCAGAAGAGUCUCGCUCUACGGCCUCGGCGGUGUCGGAAAGACGCAAAUUGCGUUAGCCUACGCGUACUGGAUACGUGAUAUACACCCAGAUACCUCCGUCUUCUGGGUUCAUGCCAGCAAUGCCGACCGUUUCCGCGCAGCUUAUGCUUUCAUCGCCGAGAAAUGCAACGUGCCAGGGAGAGACCACCCCGAAGCUGACAUUUUAUUGUUGGUCAAGAGGUGGCUGGAGGAGCAGAAUAAAAUACAAUGGCUUAUGAUCAUCGAUAAUGUUGAUGACAUUGAACUGUUUUUCCCUUCUCAGAGAAGCGACGAUCCAGAAGCUCAUCACCAAGGCGACAAGCUGGCUCGGUACAUACCUGAUUGCAAUCACGGAUCUAUUCUCAUUACAACAAGGAAUAAGCAAGUUGGAGUCAAAUUCGAGCAAGGAAGCCCUCUGAUUGAAGUCACCAAGAUGACAGACGACGACGCGCACCAGCUUGUGCGAGACAUCUUAAAGACGGAAGUAUCUACACAUGAUGCUAUUCUUUUGGCGUCCAAACUCGAACAUAUGCCACUCGCUCUUGCACAGGCACUAUCAUUUAUUCAAGAAAACACCAUAUCUAUUAGCGACUACGUUCAACUGUUGGACGAGGGAGAUAAUGUCCUCGUUGAUCAGCUCAGCGAGUCUUUUGAACCUGUAGGGAGAGACUCUGAGACCUCACAUGCAGUCACGGCAACAUGGAUUCUUUCAUUCCGACAGAUUGAACGAACUCAGCCAUUAGCAAGCGACGUCCUCUGUUUUUUGAGCUUAUUGCAUCGACAAGCAAUUCCGAAAACCUUCAUAGAAGAAUAUUGCCAACACAAGCCAGGGUAUGCUCAAGCUAGCGUGUCAGCAAGACUCAUAAAGGCAUUAGGUACUCUUAAGGCCUUUUCAUUCAUCUCCGGAGGGAAGGACGGAAGUGUAGAUAUGCACCGGCUAGUCCAGCUAGUGACGCGAAAAUGGCUCGUCAACCAGGGCCGGCUGGCCGAGUUUGCUGAAAGUGCUAUCACAAUCGUGGAAUUUCUUUACCCAAUCGGAGAGUUUGACACUUAUCAAGAAUGCGUAAGAUAUCUUCCUCAUGUCAAUUCUGUGUUGGCUAGAGACGGAACCAAUUCAAGGUCCGAGAAAAUAGCCAAGGCCGGACUCCUACGUAAGCUAGCCAGGUACUAUUGCCACAAAGGAGAAUACAAGAACGCGGAGCAAAAUUUGCGGUUAGCGGCAAAUAUACAAGCACAAGGACUUGGAGAAGAACAUCACGAAACACUUAAUAUCAGAUUUGAUCUUGUUCUGACAUGCGAGCAACAGGGUAUGUUGAACGACGGCGAAGACCUUGCGUUAGAGACAAUUGAGACGGGGAAGCGAGUGCUAGGGAAGGAGCAUCCAGAUGUACUUGCUUAUCUGGCAAGUCUUUCUUUCAUAUAUCCGCGCCAAGGCCGUUUUCAGGAAGCAGAAGACCUAUUGGUACAGGUAUCUGAGGCAUACAAGCGAGUAUUAGGGGAGGACCAUUUAUAUACGAUUGAAAGCAUAAGCCGCCUCACUGAGGUAUAUUUGGACCAAGGCCGACUCAAAGAGGCAGAACUCUCAGCAUUAAGAGUAACUGAAAUGAAGAAGCAAAAGCUGGGAGAGGACCAUCCAGCGACGAUUGCCGGUAUGACAGCCCUAGCAUCGACAUAUGAGGGACAAGGCAGAUUAAAGGAAGCAGAAGACAUUGGGUCACAUGCAACCAAUUUAAGCACGCGAGUACUUGGGGAGGACCAUCCACAAACGCUAGCCAUUAAAAGCAAUCUUGCACAGGUUUACAUGAAACAAGGGAGAUGGAAAGAGGCAGAAGACUUGCAGAUAAAAUUGAUGGAGACAAGGAGACAAAUAUUCGGGCGGGAGCACCAGGAUACACUUACUGUCAUGAAUAGCCUUGUAGUGUCAUUUGCCAAUCAAGGUAGAUUGACGGAAGCAGAACACUUAGCGACACAGGUCUUGGAAGUAAUGAAGCGAGUGCUAGGAGAGAAGCAUCCAGACACGUGUAUUAGUAUGGGCAUCCUUGCAUCAAUUUAUAGGAAACAACAGAGAUUGGAGGAGGCAAGAGACCUAGACAUUCAGUGCUUGGAGUUGAGGAAGAGUAUACUGGGGGAAGAGCAUCCGGAUACUCUUCUCAGCAAACAUAAUGUGGCCUGCGACUUAGAGGAGCUGGGCAGAUCUUCCGAUGCCAUAGCACUGAUGGAGGAGUGUGUCUCCGCCAGUGAACGAAUACUAGGGGGAGAACAUCCGGAUACGAUGCACAGCUUAUCAGUCUUGGAGGGUUGGCGGCGAAAAACUUCAAGUACAUAGGUCAGGUAGUUUUAUUAAGUUUGUCAUGUC